CUGUUCAAAGCAACCUACCGCUGCUGCAGCAGCUGCAGCAGCAGCCCGCCUCUCUUCUGGGGCAGCUGCAACAGCUGCAGCAGCAGCAACAGCAGCCGCUGCUGCAGCAAGCAGCCACGCGCCUGCUGCCACAGCUGCUUCAUGCGCUACGCAUCCAAGCCCCGGGGGCUCAAGGAGCUGCAGCAGCUUGCGUCUCGGGGCUGUUGUCUCUGCUGCUGUGCGCUCUAUCCCCUCCCUGCAUAGCCUUUGGAGCUUCCUACCUCAGCAGCAGCAGCAGCAGCAGCAGCAGCAGCAGCCCUACGCAGCCAGGCGCAGCAGACGCAGCAGCAGCAGCAGUUGCAAUAGCUGCAGCGUCCGCGGACUUUGCUGCAGCAGCUCAGGCCCCAUUAGCUUCGCUGCUGCUGUCGCCGCUGUGUGCCGUUUCGCUAGCGCGGCUGCUGCGGUACGAGCAGCAGCAGCAGCAGGAGCAGCAGCAACAACUGAAGCUGCAGCAGCAGCAGAUUGAAGAACGGCAGCAGCAGGACUUGCUGCGGGGUCUUGCUGCGCUGCUGCUGCAGCAGUCAAUAGAGGCCUUGAGGCAGCAGGAAGCAGCUGCUUCUGUCGACGCAUGUCCCCUUGACACGUGCAACAGCAGCAGCAGCAGCAACAGCAGCAGCAACAACAGCAACAGCGCUGCAGAAGCGUUGCUGGCCACCGUCGGCGUCGAAGGCCUUUGUGAACGGCUUUCAAACGUCCUGCAGGCUACAGUAAACCCUAAACCCUAA